AAGAGAAAUUCUCAGAAAAAAAUUAAAAUUAAAACCACAACGCGAGGGAGAGAGCGCGCAGGUAUUCCCGGAAAUGCCAACCCCGGCGUUCCUGGCGGCGGCGGCGAAGCUCGCCGUCCUUGUGGUGGCCGCCGCGACGGCGGCCAACGCGGCGUCCUUCGCGCGGUACCGGCGCCGCCACCUCCGCCGCAUCCCCAACCCCAUCGACGAGGCCGCCGACCCCGUCGCCGACUUCCGCGCCCUCCCCUCCGCCGGCACCGGCGCCGACGACGCCUCAGAGGAAGGCGGUUUCUUCUUUGGGCUGGCGACCGCGCCUGCGCAUGUCGAGGACAGGCUGGAAGAUGCUUGGCUUCAGUUUGCAAUCGAGCAUUCCUGCGACGACAAGGAGGCCGUGCGCGACCAUAGGACAGCAGAUGCGGUGAUGGCAUCGGCUGCAGGUGAUGGAGGUGCUCAGUUGGCUUCCAGGUCUAGAGGGGAGGAAAAGGCUGGCGAAGGAGAGAAGAGGAAGCCUCUCAAGGUUGCCAUGGAGGCUAUGCUCAGGGGAUUUGAAAUGUUUUCUGAGGGUGGGGAAUCUGAUUCUGGCGAUAACUGCAGCCACAACGUCGCAGCUUGGCACAAUGUUCCAUGCCCGCAAGAAAGGCUUAAAUUUUGGUCUGAUCCUGACACUGAGUUGAAGCUUGCUAAGGAAACUGGCAUCAGUGUUUUCCGCAUGGGGAUUGAUUGGACAAGGGUGAUGCCUAAGGAACCAACUGAUGCAGAGUUCAAGAGCUCAGUCAAUUUUGCAGCACUUGAGCGGUAUAGAUGGAUCAUUCAAAGGGUUCAUGAAUAUGGAAUGAAAGUGAUGCUUACACUAUUUCAUCACUCGCUUCCACCUUGGGCUGGAGAAUAUGGGGGAUGGAAGAUGGAAAAGACUGUUAAGUACUUCAUGGAUUUUGUGAGGCUUGUUGUUGAUCGCGUAUCAGAUUUAGUGGACUACUGGGUGGUUUUCAAUGAGCCUCAUGUAUUUGUGAUGCUGACCUAUUGUGCUGGUGCUUGGCCUGGUGGAGACCCGAAUGCAAUUGAAGUGGCAACUUCUGCUUUGCCAACUGGCGUAUACAAUCAAGCCUUGCAUUGGAUGGCUAUUGCACAUGCAGAAGCCUACGACUACAUACAUUUGAAAAGCAAAAAUGAAAGGAAGCCUAUCGUUGGUGUCGCUCAUCAUGUAUCAUUUACACGGCCGUAUGGACUAUUCGAUGUUGCGGCUGUCACUCUAGCUAAUUCAUUGACCCUUUUCCCUUACAUUGAUAGCAUCUGUGAUAAAUUGGACUUUAUUGGCAUCAACUACUAUGGGCAGGAGGUGAUAUCAGGUCCUGGUCUAAAGCUCGUGGACAAUGAUGAGUACAGUGAAUCUGGUCGUGGCGUUUAUCCUGAUGGGCUAUUCCGUAUCCUGAUUCAGUUCAAUGAACGAUACAAGAGCUUAAAUAUACCUUUUAUGAUCACUGAAAAUGGAGUUUCUGACGAGACUGAUCUGAUUCGUAAACCAUACAUUCUGGAGCACCUGUUAGCCAUCUAUGCUGCAAUUAUUAUGGGUGUGCGUGUGCUUGGUUAUCUAUUCUGGACAACAUCAGAUAAUUGGGAAUGGGCCGAUGGCUAUGGUCCCAAGUUUGGGCUUGUUGCUGUUGAUCGUGCUAACAACCUAGCACGGGAACCUCGGCCUUCAUACUAUUUAUUCUCCAAGGUUGUUACGACUGGGAAAAUAACAAGACAGGACAGAUUGUGUGCUUGGAGGGAACUGCAACAAGCUGCAUUUCAAAAGAAAACACGCCCGUUUUUUAGGGCAGUAGACAAACAUGGUCGGAUGUAUGCAGGGGGUCUAGAUCGGCCCAUGCAGAGACCUUUCAUAUUAAGGGAUUGGCGAUUUGGUCAUUAUGAAAUGGAAGGCUUGCAGGAUCCUUUUAGUCGCUUUAUAAGAUCCAUUAUUUCACCAAUUUCACACAAGAAGAAGAUUCAUUACAUUGAGGAUGAUGAUGUUUCUUAUUCUAUUUCCUGAUGAUGCCUGUUACUCUAGUGGGUUAGUAGGAUAAUUUUGUCCUCUAGAUGAAGUGAAGUAAAUAAAAAGGUCUUGGAAUCAGAAGUUUCUCUUUUUGGAGGAACCAUCAAGUGUACUCUAUAUCAUGGCAUUUUCUUGCAGGACCCAUGGAUCUCAGAGCAGCCGAGGACUGGACACCAGAAUACUGUGGGUUUGUCCGUGGUUCAUAAUCGUAUUUGUUCAUUCAUCCUGUCAAAAUCACAUAUCUGAUCACUACUGAGCCUGGCUGCGAAUCUUGAGAAAACCACACUUCGUCCAACAAAGCAACAAUCAUAGGACUUCGGCACUGGGCACAUCUGAAGCCGGUGAUAGGUAUCAUGAUGAUACUGCUGGAGCACAGAGAUCAUAUUAACUCCUUGCUUGGAUUACAGCUAUCUAUGGUGACGCAAGAUUAUUGUUAGCUUGGCAUAUAUGACCAAUGCAAGCAUUCGGAUAGCAGGCAGGCAGGCAGCAUGGAGAGAUCAGAACGCAUCAUCACUCAUCAGCCCCAUGAUCAUGAUGGAUGCUUAUCGUCAGAGAGGUGUCCAAUCACCGUGGCAUGUUUGCAGUUCUUGACCCAAGCAGAUGUGACCAUUCUCAAUAGCUAUCCAUGGAUACCAUCAUCCCCUUAUGUUGUGUAGGAUGAGGUCAUGGACCUGGAUGGAGAUGGAGUUAGUGAAGCUGCAAGCUUAACUGAAGCCAUCACCUAAGUUGGUACCUUGUCAUUUUUCAUAGUCAGGGAUAGAAAAACUGCAUUUUUUUUUGUCGCCGCCUCAUAUAUUGCGAGGAAAAAGACAUGAUGCUGUGUUUGUGCGCUUAAUAUACAGUGUGUACCGUUUCCUUUAUGAUGGAUCAGGAUGAUUGAAGUAGCAA